GGAAUAUAACGCUGCAGGGUUCCGUACAAGAUUCCUGAAGAGAUCCCAAAAUCCAGGUUCAGGCCAUGGAGGAUGAAGUGGAAACAUUCGCUUUUCAGGCUGAAAUAGCUCAGCUUAUGUCUUUAAUCAUCAAUACAUUUUAUUCAAAUAAGGAGAUUUUCUUAAGGGAAAUUAUUUCCAAUUCAUCUGAUGCUUUAGACAAAAUUAGGUAUGAGAGUCUGACUGACCCAAGCAAACUGGAUUCUGGGAAAGAGCUGAAAAUUGACCUAAUUCCUAACAGACGGGACCGAACCCUCACCAUUAUUGAUACUGGCAUUGGGAUGACCAAAGCUGAUCUCAUUAACAACUUGGGUACCAUAGCCAAGUCUGGUACAAAGGCCUUUAUGGAGGCUCUGCAGGCCGGGGCCGAUAUCUCCAUGAUUGGCCAGUUUGGUGUUGGUUUCUAUUCUGCCUACCUAGUUGCAGAGAAAGUCACAGUGAUAACAAAACACAGUGAUGAUGAGCAGUAUGCCUGGGAGUCUUCUGCUGGUGGAUCUUUCACUGUCAGAGCAGAUAAUACUGAACCACUUGGUCGUGGAACAAAAGUUAUACUACACCUAAAGGAAGAUCAGACAGAGUAUCUGGAGGAGAGAAGAAUUAAAGAAAUUGUGAAGAGACACUCACAGUUCAUUGGCUAUCCAAUCACUUUGUAUAUGGAAAAGGAACGAGAUAAGGAAAUAAGUGAUGAUGAAUCUGAAGAACAGAUAGAUGAAAAGAAAGAUGAAAAGAAAGACAAAACUGAGAUUGAAGAUGUUGGCUCUGAUGAGGAAGAGGAUGCAAAGAAAGGAGACAAAAAAAAGAAGACAAAGAAGAUUAAAGAAAAAUACAUUGACCAAGAAGAGCUGAACAAGACUAAGCCUAUCUGGACCAGGAACCCCGAUGAUAUCACUAAUGAGGAAUAUGGAGAAUUUUACAAAAGCCUAACAAAUGACUGGGAAGAUCAUCUGGCUGUUAAACAUUUUUCUAUAGAGGGCCAGUUGGAAUUCAGAGCGCUCCUGUUUGUCCCCCGGAGAGCGCCGUUUGAUCUUUUUGAAAGCAAAAAGAAGAAAAAUAACAUUAAGUUGUAUGUUCGUAGAGUUUUUAUCAUGGACAACUGUGAGGAGCUCAUUCCUGAAUAUCUGAACAUUAUUAAAGGAGUGGUUGAUUCUGAGGAUCUGCCUCUCAAUAUCUCUCGUGAGAUGUUGCAACAGAGCAAAAUUUUGAAAGUGAUCAGGAAGAAUCUGGUGAAGAAAUGUUUGGAACUGUUCACAGAGCUGUCAGAAGACAAAGAAAACUACAAAAAAUUGUAUGAGCAGUUUUCCAAGAAUAUAAAGCUUGGAAUCCAUGAAGAUUCACAGAAUCGUAAGAAGCUUUCAGAGUUGCUUCGGUACUAUUCCUCAGCUUCAGGAGAUGAGAUGAUCUCACUGUCAGAAUAUGUUUCUCGAAUGAAGGAAAAUCAGAAACAUAUCUACUAUAUCACAGGGGAAACAAAGGACCAGGUGUCUCAUUCUGCCUUUGUGGAAGGACUUCGAAAACACGGACUAGAAGUCAUAUACAUGACUGAACCUAUUGAUGAAUACUGCGUGCAGCAGCUGAAGGAGUUUGAUGGAAAAACACUGGUUUCUGUAACAAAAGAAGGAUUGGAACUUCCAGAGGAUGAGGAAGAGAAGAAGAAGCAGGAGGAGAAAAAAACAAAGUUUGAGAAUCUCUGCAAAGUUAUAAAAGAAAUUUUGGAUAAGAAAGUAGAGAAGGUGUUGUUGUCCAACAGGUUAGUGGAAUCUCCAUGCUGCAUAGUGACUAGUACCUACGGAUGGUCAGCCAACAUGGAAAGGAUUAUGAAAGCUCAAGCACUCAGAGAUAACUCCACUAUGGGUUACAUGGCUGCAAAGAAACACCUUGAAAUCAACUGUGAUCAUCCAAUCAUUGAAACAUUAAGACAGAAAGCAGAGGCUGAUAAGAAUGACAAGUCAGUGAAAGAUCUGGUCAAUCUUCUGUUUGAAACUGCCCUUCUGUCAUCAGGCUUCAGCCUUGAUGAUCCGCAAACACACUCUAAUCGCAUCUAUAGAAUGAUCAAACUUGGCUUAGGUAUUGAUGAAGAUAGUUUUGCAGAAGAAGAAGAAAGUCCAGCAAUACAAGACAUGCCACCCUUAGAAGGAGAUGAGGAUGCAUCCAGAAUGGAAGAAGUUGAUUGAUUGCCAAUAUUAUAUUUCUGCAUUUUAAAUGACAUUUUUUCUGUUGUCCUUAAAAUAUGUGCCAUAAUGAAGGAAUCCCCAACCUUUGGCUCUACAGUUGUUGAUAAACUACAGCUUUCGCCAUCUCCUGACAUUCUUUUUGCAGUCCCCUUUUCCUGAGACUGCAUAAAGAACUUAGCUCAAUGUGUUUUAAUGAUGAGAUUUACAUUUUGAUUAUUUUUAUAUAUAAGACAUAUGAAUACAUGGAAUAUUGGCUGGCUUUUUUAAUUUCUCAAUUGGAGGAUUUUGUUUUUUUCACACAUUUGCUUUUCAGAUAUGUAUAUUAUGUGUGUUUUGUGUUUGAUGUGCAGUAUUUAAUAUUUUAAAGAUCA